AGAUUUUGAUCAUUUUUAAGUUAUCAUUACUAACAUUCUUUGACUACUCCCAAACAUACCUAAUAAUAAAGCAUCCGUUAUAUUAAUUAAAUAUAUUUCAGCCAGAAAUUGUUCGGAAAUGUUUGUUUGCUCGGAAAUGGCGGGAAUUGGGCGUUUUACCUGUGGAGUUUGUGUGCUAUCCUACAAAAGAUUACAAUCUUGACAAGCCAAGGACACAAAAUGCUCUCAUUUUAUGGAAAAGAGCUGCGUAUUUCUCCAAAACAUCUUAUUUUGUUUCAUGAAUUGGAACGACAUGAGGAGAGCUGGCGACAGGAGUGCAGGAGCUGUCUGGAGUGUUCGAAGGAAAAUGGCUGCCUGCGCUGCUCGGAGCGGCUCUUCCUGUUCCUGAACCGAGACGGCAUGAGUCACCACGGCUCCUGUCUCCACUCCUGCCCGUCUGGACACUUCGGCCUCCGCGCCAAAGAUCUCAACCGCUGCAUGAAAUGCAAAGCUCCAGAGUGCGAGAGAUGCUUCAACAAGGACUUUUGCACCAAGUGCAAGGGAGGAUUUCUGCUCUUUAAAGGCAAAUGCUUCAAAAGCUGUCCAGAGGGCACAUUUCCUCAGUCCACAGACUGUGUGGAAGGAUGUGUGCUCCGUGUGUUUGGCGUCUGGGGUGAAUGGAGCCCGUGUCAGCACAGUGGCCUGAGCUGUGGCGUCAGAUGGGGGCAGCAGAUCAGGACCCAUGAGCUGUCAAGCAAAACGCCUGAAGAGACAGAAGCGCUAUGUCCACCUCAGACCGAGAGCAGAAAGUGCCGGAUGAAGAAAAGGUGUCCAAAAGAUAAAAGGAAAAAUGAAAGGAUAGAAGAACGAAGAAAGACACAGAAACAUUUGAAGCUCUCACCCGUCACAGAACCUCCAUGGGGAAUGUAAAAUUGUGGAAUGGAAGACACUUUUAUUCCCUUUCUUAGUAAUAUAUGUAAACAUUUUUUUUUAUAAACAAUAUAUUUUUGUAUAAAUGAUUUAAUUGUAAUAUUACUUAAAUCAUCAGACAAUCUGAUAUUGCACAUCUUUUUUUAAUGCAUAUGUAUUUGUUUACAUUAUUAUGGCAGAUCCUAACCUGUAUUUAUGCAUUUAUUUUAUUGACAAGGGGAGGGUGGCUUAAACCUGUAUGUGGUUUAACAAAGAAUAGAUCCAUGUUGGACUAUGACACUGUACAUUUCCAUCUGAUGAGUAACAGACGAACAGUUUCAUGUGGUUUGAGCUGUAUCUCCACAGAUUUCUGUACAUGCCCUGGGCUGCUCUGUGUUUUCCAACAACAUACUCUCCCUAUAUUUGCACUUCUUUACUAUAAUUGUAUUAGAGUAAAAAAAAAAAA